UAUGCGAGAGGCCCAGGGUUCAAUUCCCUGCUCUCCCCUCUUUUUUUACAUUUUUGAAUCUUUCAAUAUGAAAGGUUUAAAUUUUUUUGAUUGAUAUUGAUUAUUUAAUCAAUUAUCUUUCUAAUUGACUUAAAAAAUGAAACUUUAUAAUGGUUGGGUGUGGAUAAUUGAAGUGUUGAAGUUGUUGCAUCAACCUCUUUUAGUGUAAAUUUUGAAAAAAUUCUCAGUUGUUUUUCGAAAUUGAAUUUAUUUUUACAUUUGACUUAAAUUUCGCAGCAAUCAGAAUUUAAAAAGUGGAAUUCAAUUUUAUAUUUUUUUAAAAAUGUUAUAAUUUGUUUUUAUUUCUUUCUCCUUGUUCCUUUGAAAAGAUCAAUUAUCAAUCAUCAAUCAAAGAGAAUAACUUGAAACCAUGACUUCAUUAGAUAAAUUCUCUAAAUCAUCAAUUACAGUUGUUGAGAUUAUGGUAGAUGAAAUUUCAUUAGAUGAUAAUACUUUAGCCGCCGCUCAAAAAGUGGUUAAAGAUGAAGAAUUACCAAAAUAUCAACCAAGAAAUGAUGGUGUUGUUAAUGAUUAUGAUGAAAAAGUUGAAUAUCAAUGUCAUCCUGUUCAAUUGAAGUUGAAUCUUGAUAUUAAAGAAACUCCUAUGUGGUUAAAAUUACUUGAAUCAGAUGAUUCAGAAGAUAAGGUUCAAAUUUAUAAUAGUGACGCUGAUGAUGAUAAAGAAGAUGGAAUUAAUUUCAUUUUGGCUUUCUUUAUGGCUAUUCUUUUAACUGUGGUUUUGGUCAAAAAUUGUUAUGAAGCUGAACCAAUCUAUGAUAAAUCAUCAGAUGAAUCAAUUUAUUGUUUACAUAGAGAUUUCAAAACUUUAGCUGAGUUUGAAGAUUUCAUUCUUGUUGAAAACUUGGAUAAAGAAUCUUAUCAUACUAUUAAACAUAGUCAUUAA